AUGUCUCUACUCCCUUAUCCCACUUUGUUCCUACUCCUCGGAAUCGCCAUACCUUUUUGCGUAGGAUGGAAGAUAGCCUCCAUUUUACUCGCACCAUACUUGACUGCUUUGCGCGACCUUCCCGGCCCCCCUAGUUCCAGCUGGCUUUACGGCAGCAUGAAGGAAAUGAAACAUGCCGACUUUGCUGCUAUCCACGAAGAUUGGGUUGCCAAGUAUGGCAAGACUUUCAAAUACAAGGAGUGGAUGAAUUUUGAUAGGCUUUAUACUAUCGACACGAGAGCUCUUGGUCAUAUUCUGAGUCACUCGAAUGAUUUCCCCAAGCAAGCAGUUGGACUUUUUUUCCUGUCUCAGGUUGUGGGCUCAGGUCUUCUCAUUGUGGGAGGCGAGCAGCAUCGUCGGCAGCGAAGGGUAUUGAACCCGGCAUUUGGUCCAGCUCAGAUCCGGGAACUGACGAGUAUUUUUGUGGAGAAGGCCCAUCAACUUCGUGAUGUCUGGAAUGCAGAUAUAAACGGAGAUGGCGAGCCCCAUCGGGUUGAAGUCCUCAGCGGGCUCAGCAAAAUGACGUUGGAUGUGAUCGGAUUAGCUGGUUUUAAUUACCAUUUUGACGCAUUGAACCCCCAUGGACAGAAGAACGAGCUGAACGAGGCGUUCACUGUCAUGUUUCGGACACUGUCGGGUUUCAACUUAGGUCUCUUGCGCAUACUUAAAGGCUACUUUCCCCUCUUGCGUCUCAUUCCUGACAAGUACACUAGACGCAUCGAUGCAGCCCAAAGCGUCAUGCGGCGCAUCGGCAUGGAACUCAUAACUGAAAAGAAAGCAGAGCUCGCCAAAGCGGCUGAGACAGGCGUAAAGGGGGAACACCUGAAGAGUCGCGACCUGUUGACGUUGCUCCUCAAGGCAAAUAUGAGCGAAGACGUCCCGUUGAACCAAAGACUGUCGGAUGACGAGGUUCUUGCUCAGGUACCGACGUUUCUCGUAGCGGGCCAUGAGACCACUAGCAAUGCAACCGCGUGGUGCCUAUUUGCCCUCGCGCAUUCCCCAGAGGUCCAGCAGAGGCUGCGCGAAGAGCUGUUCAGUUUGCUGUCGGAAAAUCCUUCCAUGGAUGAGCUGAACGAGCUCCCUUAUCUCGACGCAGUCAUCCGCGAGACCAUGCGCGUGCAUGCACCUGUCCCUUCCACAAGCAGAAUUGCAGCACAAGAUGAUGUGAUCCCCUUAGAAACGCCGGUUGUAGAUGUGAACGGACAAGUGCACAAUACUCUAAAGGUCAGCAAGGGCAAUAUCAUACAGAUCCCGAUUCUUGUCUUGAAUAGAUCGAAGGAGCUCUGGGGUGAAGAUGCGCACGAAUUCAAGCCAGAACGUUGGAUUACCGGCAUCCCCGACAGCGCCAAACACAUUCCUGGUGUAUGGGGGCACAUGCUCAGCUUCCUGGGUGGUCCCCGCGCAUGCAUUGGCUAUCGGUUCUCUCUCAUCGAAAUGAAAGCAUUGAUUUUCUCUUUGAUUAGAGCAUUCGAGUUUCAACCAGCUGUGCCAUAUGAGGCGAUCACGAGGAAGCUCGCGAUCGUCCAGCGUCCGUAUGUCCGUGGCGAGAUGGAGAAGGGAAGCCAGCUGCCGUUACUGAUCAGACGUUAUCAGCGAACGUAA